GAGAGAGAGAGAGAGAGAGAGAGAGAGAGAAAGAGAGAGAGAGAGAGAGAGACCACAUCUGGAGGCAUCUGGAGGAAAAGAAUCAACAUUUAAUGUCCUCCACCCUCUGUCUUAUUCUCCUCCCUCUCCCUUCGUCUCUUUUUCAGAUUGAGGAAGAAGCUGGGAGACAGUAGACAGGCGUCGUAAGCAAGCGAUGCUCCUUUGAAAUGUAUUUAUUUAGGAACGAUUUAUCGUAACUUGACAUAGUAUUUCCCGACAAUUGUAUAUGCUCUUACCUUUAACGAACAGUUUACGUCUUUCAGCCUAAACAAUUUCGUAUUGUGCUUGAGUUAGAAAUGGUCAACUGGAUCCAGGAGUGUUUUUGAUGAAGACAUCUGGCGAUUUAAUCUAAGCGUUAAACGGACCGCGCGCGCUCUUGAAGUCGUCUCAGCGGGUCACGUAUUUCGGAAUCCGACGGAACGUCAUUAUUGAGGAUCGAAGCCAUGCUGUCGCUAGACGAGCCCCUGGACUUGAAGAUUCUCUCUGGCCCCGACAGGACGCUCAGAACGUCCAUCUGUGCCCCGCUGCACUUUGCUCGUGCCCGAAUAUCCCGGCCACAACACAAGUCCACAAGCCCUGAUACAGCUGAUAAAGACAUGUCCGACUCUUCAUCGUGCACAGCUGUGGAUCUGAGUCUGUCUCCAUCUUCUUCUCCCUCACCACCCUCUCCCAUAGACAGCGGCGCCAGCUGGAGCCCCACAGCGCCUCUGCUGGCCUCAGAAUCCGAAAGUACCACGUAUCACGAGGACAGCGCCUCUCCUCCUCCAGGUUUCCAGUUCUUUCUGCCCAUUGGUGCAGACAGUGCCCUGCGCCUGCCCUCCUCCAUGCUGAUUGGUCGGCACUCCCCUGAGCCCUCUAGUGACGAGCAGCUGGCCUGCCGCUGGCUGAAGUGCCAUCUGCUGUUCGAGAGCCUGCAGGAUCUGGUGGACCAUGUGAAUGACUCGCAUGUGAAACCGGAGAAGAAUUCAGGAUACUGCUGCCACUGGGAGGGCUGCGCGCGCAAGGGAAGAGGCUUUAAUGCCAGGUACAAGAUGCUGAUUCAUAUUCGGACUCAUACCAAUGAGAAACCGCAUCACUGUCCUACCUGCCACAAGAGCUUUUCCCGCCUGGAAAACCUGAAAAUACACACACGCUCACACACAGGAGAGAAGCCGUACAUCUGUCCGUACGAAGGCUGCAACAAGCGCUACUCGAACUCCAGCGACCGCUUCAAACACACACGCACGCACUACGUGGACAAGCCCUACUGCUGUAAAAUGGUGGGAUGUCUGAAGCGCUACACCGACCCCAGUUCCCUCCGCAAACACAUCAAGGCACACGGCCACGCUGUAGUGCAGGAACGCGCCACCUCUCCCAGAAUCAACAGGCUGGAAUCGGAUGGGGCAUCAUCGGUUGACGGCCGACGUAUGGAUCGAUCUUACCCAGGGGCGGCUCAUUUCAUCUUGCCAGGUGCGGCGACAACCUUAUUUGGGGCUCAGGCCUUUACCGGGCACCUUGGCGGUCACCCCUUGGAUCUGUCUAGACUCGGCCCGCUUUUAGGAGCCGGGCCGGUGCUGUACCCCAGCUCCGGUGCUCUUGGGCUUGGGAAGGUGCCUAUCUUACACCCCUUAUUGUUGCCACCAUUCGGACUCAGUGGGCAUCAGUUUGAAAGAGGGGUUGAGGAAGAGGAGGAUGCUGAUGAUGAUGAAGAUGAAGGCAGGAUGGGAGCAGGACUGGGUCCUCACUCAUGGGUCGUGAUCCCUCCGGGAAUGCUGUUCUUGAAACAGGUGGCGACCACGUAAAGAGAGUCAUAUCGCCUUGUUCACACUGCACACAACUCUGAUUUGGAUUUCACACCUGAUCAAACUGAACGGAAGCAGAUCCGAUUAAAAACCCGAAUGAGGCUUAAAUGAAAAUAAAAUCUAACCAUUGGGAGUUCAGAUUUUGAAUUGUUCACGAAUGAGAUGUGAAUCCGGUUUGUUUCUUUUCUGUUCACACUAUAAAACAAAACUGGUUUGUG